AUGGCGCGUGAGGCAGACGUAGCACGCAGCGCUGCGCUGCGUGUGGCCGCGGGCGCUCACCCCUCCAGGGCUGCGCGCUCAGGCGAGGCCAGGAACGUGACGGCAGACAAAGCCCACGCGACGAGGCGGGGCGUCGGGAACGGCAGCAGCGUCGCGGACAACAAAGCAGCACAGAGACAGCGGCCGCUUUGGGCCGCCCCGUUCCACUAUUAUUGUUCUCUGCGCGCUCCCAUUUGCCGGCCGCCUCGCUGCUGGGAGCGUCUGCGCAGAGCAGGCCCGUGGCGGCGACGCGCAGGUUCCGGCGGAGGGGAUCGGGGCCUCUUAGCUGCGCGUUUCAAUUCUACGCCUGCCCGCUUCCUGAGCGCUGCUCGCCCCCUGCAGCGGCCUCCAGUUUCACUGGCCCACGCCGCCGUGCCCUGUCGUGAUACCGUCGACUGA